AUGCCCGCUCAAAAACGAGAAGGUGCUGUGGCUCCAGGAGUUGCUUUCGUUACUGGUGGAGCACGAGGCUUGGGGAACGCCGUUGCUGUUGCAUUCGCGAGAGAAGGAGCAAGAGGAGUAGUCAUUGUCGAUAUUCAAGAUGAUGCCACCAUGGAUGAAGGGAAGAAGGCAGUGGAGGCAUAUGGUACCGAAUGCCUAGCUAUAAGAGCAGAUGUUACCCAGGAGCAAGCAGUGGUGAAAGCGGUCGCUGAGGCGGUCUCCAAAUUCGGACGUAUUGACUAUGCAGCAAAUUUUGCUGGAAUCGUCGUGUCGGGCGCGAUGUACGACCUCUCCCUCGAAGGAUGGGAGAAGGUCAUUGCCGUAAAUUCAACAGGGGUUUUCCUCAGUAUGAAACAUGAAUUAAAACAAAUGAUGGAACAAGAGUCUCUUGAAGUCGAGUCAGAUCGCCCUCCACAGAAAGGAUCGGUGGUGAACUGUGCCUCGAUCACUUCCAUUCAGGCUUCGGCAGGGACAGGAGGUUAUGCAGCUUCGAAGCAUGCGGUCCUUGGGGUGACCAAAGCGGCUGCCUUGGAUGCACGACGCCAUGGAAUCCGGGUCAACUGCGUUUCGCCAGGAUUUCUGCGCACCCAACUAGUCGCUGGUAUUAUCAAGGAAGGGGGCGAAAAGAGCGCUGAAAAGUUCCAGGCGUCUGAGGCCCGACAAGGUCGACCAGCCCGCUUCAGCGAGAUUGGUGACGCCGUGGUGCUAUUGAGUACUCCUCGAAUGAGCCUCGUUAAUGGCCACAAUCUGGUUUGCGACGGGUAA